AACAAACACAAAAAGCUCAAUUUCUGCCAUAGAAGUCUACCCACAAAAGCUUGAGAAGACGAAGAAAGAAGAAGAUUGAUCCAGAAAUGGAUUUACCAAAAUCUAUUCUACUACUCAUUUUCAGAUACUUUCUUUUCAUCUUCCAGAAUUUACACCGGUUUUCAAUCUCAAUUACAUUCGAUUCCUUUCAAGAAACCAUUUCCAGGGUUUUCCAGGCUCCGAUCGUCGUUGCAUCCAUCGAUACAAUGCUGUCCCUCUAUUUUCAUAUGUGCAAUCUUUCGCCAUGCACCAUAGAUUUAGAUGACAAAACCACCAUGCAUUUCUGGACCCCGAAACACAGGAGAUUAAACAAGCCUGAUCUGGUGAUUCUCCAUGGCUAUGGAGGCAAUUCCAGGUGGCAAUUUGUGUACCAGGUUGGUUCAUUAUCUAAUAGGUUUAAUCUUUACGUGCCGGAUUUGUUAUUCUUCGGCAAAUCCUACACUACCAGGCUGGAGAGAAGUGAUUAUUUCCAGGCUGAGUGUGCGGUAGAAGGGCUGAAAAAAUUGGGCGUGGAGAGGUUCUCGGUUUAUGGAAUCAGUUACGGCGGUUACGUGGCGUACCGUAUGGCUGAGAUUUAUCCUCAGGUGGUUGAGAAGGUUGUGAUUGUGAGCAGUGGAAUAAGCUGCACGGAGAAUCAGAAAGAUGGGCAUCUGAAAAGAAUUGGGAGAUCUCUUUUGGGAAUUCUGGUUCCUCAAAGUCCUCAAGAUCUACGGUUGCUAGUUAAUUUAUCUGUUUACAAUCAAUAUUUGAUCAAUUGGGCCCCUGAUUUCGUGCUUCGACAGUUCAUCAAGAUUAUGUAUGACAGUCACAGGAAGCAGAAGCAGGAGCUGGCAGAGUACUUACUGUAUAAAGGUGCCAAUCCAAACAUACCCAUUUUAUCUCAGGAAACACUGAUAAUUUGGGGUGAUCAAGACAAUUUCUUUCCACUGGACUUUGGCUAUCAGUUACACAGCCACUUGGGACCCAAAUCAAGGCUGGAGAUCAUCAAGAACACAGGCCAUGCUGCAAAUGUUCAAUCACCUUCACAACUCAACAGCCUAAUUACAUCUUUUGUUUUGGCUCAGUCCUAGCUUCCUUGCUACGUUUAAUUUUGGACAUUUCUCAUUCAGGCAUGUAGAGGGGCUAAAUUAAUGUUAAUUAGUCUUUGUUUUUGUGAGAUCAAGUUCUGAAUUUUCUCUUCUUUAAUCUUUGUAUAUGGGAUUUAAUUGAAGAAAAAUGCUAAAUUUACCCACCCAUGGGUAGCCCAACGGUAA